CAGCCAUACACACGCACGAGUGGAUAGGGAGGCGACGGGAUACUUCGUUCCCAUCGACAAUCAUCCCCAAUCCAACUCGAGCGGUGGCUGUCUGCAUCACUACCACCAAUCUCCGCCUCCAGCGACUGCCUCACCGGCGGGAGGUCGACGGCCCCGGCGCAGCAUCUUCCUCCUCUGAAGAAGAUCCACCAGGAAGCUGCGUCCCAGGUGCGACGCCGUUGGAGUGGCCGUUGGCCAGUCCGAGAACCACCGCGCGGCUGCGUUGCAGCUCGGCCCGCGGCACUAUGUGCCAGCGGCGGGGCGCCGAUGGGCCAGUGGAGCUGCUCGCCCAGUUGUCGAAGACGUCCCCGAGUGUAGCAGCCCGUGCGGGGAGGCGCAGCCCGAGGCUAGCGCUCGACGAAGAAGCCCCAGCGCCGGCCGCCUCGUGCGCCGGCGUCGGAGAUGGAAGACGCGGGGAGUUCGGCUGCGCGGGCUCCGCGGGCGGCACAGGCGACGCAGGUUCGGCCUCCUCCUGGACCUCGUAAUCUUGUGGCGGGGGUGGUUGCAGGACCAUC